UGAGGAUGAGUAUAUUCAGUAUUCAGUUAACUGAUGAGUAUCUAUUUAAACUUGAAACUAUACUUGUUUACACCAUUCAUUCAUUCAUUCAUCACCCUGUUAAGUGUUAAGUGUUAACUGUUAAGGCCUUCAAUUCCUUUAACAGUCAUAUGAAAUUUGUUAAUAUUAUAACUUACUAGUACGUGUAACGUUGUCUGUUUGGCGAUCGAGCUGUAUGAAAAGAAAAGAAAAGAAAAGAAAAAGAAAAGAUCAAGGGUGAACCAAAGAAAAGAAAAGAAAAGAAAAGAAAAGAUGGAAGGGUAAAAAAAGAAAGGAAGACUAGUGGUAAGUAAUGAAUAUGAAAACCUGUCAUGUAUGUUUAAAAUAGUAAAUAUAAAGGUAAAUUAGUAAAUGUUGUAUCCUCAAUUAUCAAGGCCUAUAUCAAUUAACGCCAAUAAGAUUAAUGCGUGGGAGUUAUUCUAAACUAACCACCUAAAUUCAUCUACCAUUCUUUGUUAGGAUUGGAGCUCCCCCAUUCCCCUUUGUCCCCCAUUGUGCUCCUAUUGCCUGCAUUUCUAUUUUUUAUUAUCCAUUGCUGUGCGGGCUGCGUAUAUUCGUCUUCCUUGUUGCAUUGAAGAAAGGGAGUGAAAUAAAUAAAGAAUCUAUGAGCAGAAUGAAUAAAAUGAUGCAGUAUUUGGUGGUAGCAUUCCUCUUCUUCAUUGAGUUGAUCACAGCACAGAAGCAUCCUGGGAUAGGGAUACAGAAGCAUCCUGGUAUUGGGAUACAGAAGCAUCCUGGGAUUGGGAUAGGGAUUCCACCCCCUCCUAAAUGGUUAACACUAACUGGACAACAGCCUGCGUUGAUAGCAAGGGGAGGGUUUUCAGGAUUGUUUCCUGACUCGAGCAGAUAUGCAUACGAUUUUGUGACACAAGUGAGCAUGCCCAAUUCCAUUUUCCAUUGUGAUCUCCAAUUAACAAAGGAUAGCGUAGGCUUCUGUCAAACAGAGUUAAAUCUUGACAAUUCCACCAAUAUAGCUCAAGUCUUCCCUCAAGGCCAAAAAACUUACAAGGUUAAUGGUAAAGAUGUACGUGGGUGGUUCGCUAUUGAUUAUUUUGCUGAUCAGCUUUUACCUAAUGUAACCUCUGUUCAGAAUGUACUGACUAGACCAAAUGCUUUUGAUGGUCAGCCAUUACUGCUGGUUGAAGAUGUCACCUCUAUUAGCAAACCACCUCCAAGAGUCUGGUUAAAUGUUCAGUAUGAUCUGUUCUAUAACCAGCAGAAAAUUAGCCCAGCAUUAUACCUUGAGGAUUUGAGAUUUGCAGGAAUCAAUUAUAUAUCUUCUCCAGAGAUAGGCUUCUUGAAAAGUAUAGGAGCUAAAGUGGACAAAGCCCGCACCAAACCUAAACUUGUGUUUAGGUUCCUAGAACCUGAUGCAAUUGAGCCUACAACCAACCAGGCAUAUGGUGAUAUAUUGAAAAACCUUGCAUCUAUAAAACCAUUUGCUUCUGGAAUUCUAGUACCCAAAACAUAUAUAUGGCCAAUUAACAAGGAAAUGUAUCUUCUUCCACCUACCACUCUUGUUAACGAUGCCCACAAACUAGGUCUUGAAGUUUAUGCUUCUGGUUUCGCCAAUGAUUAUCCUGGCAGUUAUAAUUACAGCUAUGAUCCUACUGCUGAGUACUUGCAGUUUAUCGAUAAUGGUCUCUUUUCUGUUGAUGGUGUGCUCACAGACUUCGCUCCAACAGCAUCUGAAGCAAUUGCAUGUUUAGCACACAAUAAAAAUGCAAGCAAGCCUAAAAACAGUCACUCAUUGAUAAUUAGUCACAAUGGUGCAAGCGGAGACUACACAGGAUGCACUGAUCUUGCAUAUGAAAAGGCGGUGAUGGAUGGGGCCGACAUAAUUGAUUGUUCAGUUCAAAUGUCAAAGGAUGGGAUCGCAUUCUGCCUCGAUUCAGCUGAUCUUUUGGGUGAUACUACUGCCAUUACUACCUUCAUGUCUAAAUCCUCCAACAUCCCUGAAAUUCAACCCAUGAACGGUGUCUUCACAUUUGAUCUCACUUGGACCGAGAUCCAAACCUUAAAACCACAACUAAAGGCCCCACUAUCACAAGACAUGGGAGGCUUGCCAAGGAAUCCAGCAAACAAAGACAAGGGUAAAUUCUUAACCCUUGCUCAGUUUCUUGACUUUGCAAAGGCCAAAGCCGUUACUGGAGUUCUCAUCAACAUACAGAAUGCACCGUACCUAGCCUCAAAGAGAGGUCUAGACAUAGUAGGUGCCGUGACCAAAGCCUUGAGCAACGCCACAUUUGACAAACAAUCGACCCAACAAGUUAUGAUCCAAUCAGAUGAUACAUCAGUGCUAGAGAAGUUUAAGGAAGUACCUUCAUACAAAAGAGUUUAUGAUAUAACAGGCAUAAUAGGUGAUGCACCAAAACCAUCAGUAGAUGAAAUCAAGAGAUACGCAGAUGCUGUUGAUGUAAGGAGGCCAAGUAUUCUAAAAACAACAGCCUUUUUCAUAAGUAACUUCACCAAAGUCGUUGACGAAAUGCAUGCAGCAAAUCUAUCAGUACAUGUCUCAACCUUAUACAAUGAAUACACCUCCCUGGCAUUUGAUUUUUUUGCUGAUCCUAUGAUAGAGUUAGCUACACUUAUUGAGGCACUCAAGGUUGAUGCAGUCGUCACUGAUUACCCAGCUACAGCCAAUGUCUACAUGAGAAGCCCAUGCUCAGACCCAACAAAUACAAACCUGGAAUACCCAAUAACUCCAGUGGAACCAGGGGCAUUGCUAGAAAUAGCUGCACCAGAAGCACUUCCACCAUCAGGUGCACCAGCACCGGCUCUUCAGGCAGCAAGCAUAGUGGACCCACCUCUUCCUCCUGUUUCAAAGGCGGAGGAAAGUCCCAAAGCUCCUGAACCUGCAGAUGACAAAAAGAAGAGUGCAAGUGCAAGUGGAAGUGGAAGUGGAAGAAGAAGCAACACCAGUUUAUGUUUAUGUCUCUCCUUAGUUGCAGCACUUACUCUCAGCUUGAUUCUAACAGUUCACUAACAACACACUACUUUUCAAGGCUUUUGCCGACAUAUUUUGUAAAUGUUGUAUGCUCCACUUUGAGAUUGUAACCCAAAAAAAAAAACAAAUAACUCCCCAAUCAUCAGUAAUUAUCUCUCGGUCGGUAAACUUCAUAUCAGAA